AGUAACAAAGGGAUUAAGGCCGCAUGACAAAGGCAGAGAGAGGCAGCAGCACAAAUCCCCCAACCCCAGUGCCACCAGCAGAGCGCGGAUGUCAGUUUCGGCAGCAGCUGCUGGUGGGCUCGUUCCAUUGUGUGCGCCGCCGCCGCCGGGAGAGGAGGAGUCAAAGAAGGGGCGUGUCCGUGCGUUCCCCAUUCCUCGGCCAUUGGAUUAGUUAGUUGUGACUGAUGAGAUCAGCAGGGAUCAGCUUGCAGGAUGGGGCACUGGUUCGGCAGCAGCGGCACAAGUAGAGUCUUCCCAUCUGGGCUGUCUCACUCGCACGGUGGAGCUGGGGGGAACAAUCUCUGAACACAAAGCGGAACCUGCAGCAGCGGCCGGGGAAGGAUGAAGGAGCAGGGAUUCUUUGCUGGAUACCUUUCCAUUGUGAGCUCCUAGAAGGGAGGAGUCGGUGCGGUGCUCGGGCGAGCGACCUGUGUGUGAGCUGUGAUCACUAGUGGAGUAACUUAUUCUCGGGGUCCCAACUGGUGCUAAUGAAAACCCCUCGCUUCUCAUCUGCCCCCUCGCUACGUCUGGGACCUGUGGGAUUCUAUUGCCCUUCUAUUCUCUUAGGAUUAGAGCCGACAUUGAGGCUUUAUAUCAGCCCAGCUGCAUGGAUCUCUCCCUCUGAGGGUGGAUAGUGAAGAUACUGUUUCUUUGGGAGAAUGUUUAUGAUCUCUGCAGUGGCUCUUCCCAGAUAUUGCUGCACAUAACACGCACACGUAUGACUCUGCACAGCAAAGGAGCGUUUUCUCUGAAGAUCUGGGCUCAGUGACUUCUGCACUAAAAGGGUCUUUCAAGACAACAUAUCCUGCAUUUUAAUGAGGUAACAACAGGAAACUAAGGAACACUCCCCCCCCCAUCCCUCUCCCCCUUUAACAUUGUUAGAACCCAAAGCUUAGAAAUGGGUCAGAAGAUCUCAGGGAAUAUAAAGUCUGUGGAUGUUCGAGACCCCCCUUUUAGGCCAGUCAAGAGGGAGUUGAGAGGUCCUGACUUUUGCAAACCUGCCCGGUUGGAUAUGCUGUUGGAUAUGCCCACUGUCUCCUUAGAGGUCCAGCACAAACAUGCUUGGAAUAAUGAGGAUCGGUCGUUGAAUAUUUUUGUGAAAGAUGAUGACCGGCUGACGUUCCACAGGCAUCCAGUGGCACAAAGCACAGACUGCAUCAGAGGGAAAGUUGGCUACACAAGGGGCCUUCAUGUUUGGCAGCUCCAUUGGCCUAUCAGGCAAAGAGGAACACACGCUGUUGUUGGGGUAUCUACUGCAGAUGCUCCAUUACAUUCUGUUGGAUAUACUUCACUAGUGGGAAGCAAUAGUGAGUCUUGGGGCUGGGACCUGGGACGGAACAAACUUUAUCACAACAGUAAAAACCAACCAGGAGCAACGUAUCCAGCUUUUUUAGAACCCGAUGAAUCCUUUGUACUCCCAGACUCUUUGCUUGUAGUUUUAGACAUGGAUGAGGGAACACUUAGCUACGUAGUAGAUGGACAAUACUUAGGAGUUGCCUUCAGAGGACUUAAAGGGAAAAAACUUUAUCCUAUUGUCAGUGCUGUAUGGGGUCACUGUGAAAUUACAAUGCGAUACAUCAACGGACUGGAUCCGGAGCCGCUGCCUUUAAUGGACCUGUGCCGAAGAUCAGUCCGCUUUGCCAUAGGCAGAGACCGUUUGAACCAAAUCGAGUCUUUACCUUUGCCUGAGGCGCUGAAGAACUAUUUACAGUAUCAGUGAGAUGUUGCGGAUGCCUCUUCACCUCAGCUGGACAUCAAUAAAACAUGGAAUAAUGCAAAAUGGCAGAUAUUGUUUACAUGGAAACAAAACACCGUUGUGGUGGACACUUACGCGUUAUUUAAUUUCUAAAAUAUAUAUAUAUAUAAUAAAUAUAGUUUUGUUUUCUUCCCGGAAGUCGUGCCAGAGAACCCAGCUUGAGUUACUGUUAGUGGGGAAAAACCUUGCCUGUUUCUCCAUAAAGUAUUUGAAUUUUAUUUCCAAACAUAAACAAGAGGAUGUUGGAUUACUAGUUGGCCUGUCACUAAAUUCUGAUUUGGGUAGAAAUAUACUAAACUCUUUAAUAUGCAAAACAAAAGGUGCAAUGCUGUUUUUUGUUGCUCACUCCUGUUUUGCUAAGGUCCAAAAAGCCUUUUUGUUUUAUUCCCUACUUUUAUAUAGUGACUGUAAUCCUUGCAAUGAAGUCUAAUCAGAGCUAUCAGUUGGGGGGUUCAAGUAGGAGCUUCUAUUCAGGGAGAGGAGGCAGUGGCUAGGGUUUAGCAUGUUUAGAUGAGCUGGUGCCUAUAGUUGUAGUAGGAAUUAUCAGUGGGGGGCUGUGACAAUGGGUACCAGGUAUAGUAGGCCAAACUGACAGCAAUAACACUGUAUCCGCUUAAGCCCAUAAUUGUCUUUUUAUUGUUCUUAGAGUAUGUACAAUUCUUAGCAACCUUCAUAACCCAACGGCUGCGAUUGACUUAUUCAUAACUGUUUCUCAUUUGCUGCCAAGUUCAUUGGCAAGAGGUGCACCAAUAGCUUUUGUGGUUGGGGCACAUCUCUGUUUUUUCCCACUCCAGAAACAAUAAUUUAAAAAAAAAAUUGUCUCCAGUCUAUGUGAAUUACAAACCAAAGCAAACGUUUUUGUGUGAUUUGUGUUUUUCAAAGAGUCGAAAUGAGCGCGAGUUUUGAUGGUGUAUAUUCCUUUCGGUAUGUCUCUUUUUUUUUUUUUCCCCAUUAAUACAAAGAUGAAAUACUUGUCACUUUUUACCUGAAUUUUUUUUUUUACUUUAUGUAAAUGGUAAAUAGUUUUUUCCCCCCUCUUUUUAAUGUAUAUAUUUGAUCAUUUGUUUAUUUAUCUUUAAGAUUCAAUUAGAUUCUAUUUAAAAUCGAUGUUUCUUCUGCCAUAGAAAUACUGUCCUCUGCCAUAUUCAUGUUUGGCCCCUUUCCUGGUCAGAGGGGACUGUGGGAUGUUUGCUUUCAGUUUUAAGUUUGGGAUUUGACGGUAUAUUCCAAUUGACACUCAUCCAGAUUAGCUCUACAUGUGGCCUCUUUGUUUUUUCAGAAUCUCCUUAGAGGAGAACUAAAACUCAACAAAGAAUUGGUCUACAAACAGAAAAACACAUCAAGUGUUGGGCCUCUGUACCAGUCCAAGGUCACCACAACCCUUUAAAAGUGUAGAUGUUUUUCCUACAAAGGUGAUCUCAGUAGCUCCCUAUCUUCAGCCCUGUAGCAUCAGCCUUGUGACAGACCUUACAUAUGGCCCUAAGCUUAGUUUUUCAACAGCAGCCAAAAGCACACUGAGCAUGUGCAGUGCCCGGGACACUCAAAAGAGAGUAGACCUCCUAUAACCUGUAUACAAGCACUCAGCCUUCAGCCUUGUGCUUUUACAUGGCCCUUGAACACCUCUGUGACUUCUAAUUGCUUUUAGAAGGUAUGUUUUUCAAUAUAUAAUGUAUUGGUCUUGUAGUCAACAGCACAGGAUCUGCUUGGGAGACCAAUAUCUACCUUUUGGCCAUGACUGAUCAAAAGAGAAGGGAAAAGGUUGAAUGGCACAACACAACUCCCUAGAAAACCUUAUAAAAUAGCAUUAGAUGGCUCCUGCCCAUCUAAAGACUGGAAUGGAUUAUAGUAGAAAAAUAAGGCCUUUAAAUAUAUAUGCCACAGACAUAUGGGCUACUAGUAUCAUACAGAUAUUCUGGAGUUACUUUAAAUAUGCUGCUUACAUUUGUUGUAUACCUAUCACACACUCCCUCUAUCUCUGCUUAGUUUACUUCCCAAGAGUCACCACUCCUAAUCUGGGGAAUUCCGUGAUAAUAUCCCAUAUUAUAAUUAAGAACUCCAUACAUGACAACUGCAUUUAUUUGGUGUGCAACACACACAAAUGAUUAACGAUGACUAGUCACUUGACCCAUUCUCCUGAAGAUUUACAGAACACAUUCUAGGAUAUUCAUUGAUCCUUCCUAAGAUACAGUCAUAUUAUAUUCUACCUUCCAUGAGAACUGGGAAACAUUGACAAGGAGACUAAAGGUAAAGUUCACAACAUGUUAGGUUUGUUGCUUCACUCAUUGACCCUUCUCAUCUGGGCUCCCAAAAAAUAGUGCAUGGUGGGAAGCCAUGACCUGACUUGGUUAAUUAUAAAUGAUAAUGGAGCUACUAUUGCCGAUGUUGACUGUAAGAAGGAAUGUACGAUGCAGAAAGCGUGAACGUGAAUUAAACUGUCUGGUCGUAUAAAAGCAUGUUUGUUUCUAGUGGUUGAAAUGAUCAUAGGUCUAAACUGAACUGCAUUGUUACAAUGAGAAUUGUAGGGAGGGUUGAACAUGUCACUAAUCUGCCAUCAUUGUAUUGUAAACCACUUUUUUCCCGGAUGUCUGGGACAGAAGUUAAGUUGCCAGAAGGUCUAUCCAGUGUCAGAGAAACCCUGAUGGUAACCAGUUUCCUGCAGUGCCUUACUGCCAAUCCAACCAUGAGUGGCAUCAACAGAGCUGACAAAAGCUCAGAGUUACAUAUAAGGGACACAUAAUUUGACCCAUGAAUGGGGUUCAUGUGAAAAUGAGUGAAUGAUAUGAUCCUUUCGAAUAAAGUGUACUUCUUACAAACAA